AUGCAGCCCCCACCUCUGAAAGCUGAGGGAAGGCAGUGCCCUCGAUUGUUCCAGAGAGAAGGAAGGGAAGGAUUCAAUCCAGCCAUAGGGUUCCUUACGGCUACCUUGUUUCGAACGAAAGCUCCCCUGGGUCGCGGCGGAGUAAGUCAAAGAUCCAGUGCGCAUUCGGGGCGUCUACAUCCGCGCCAUCAUAAAAAAAGAGUUUUUGGCGAUCUCAUGUGCGGCUUCGAGAAAGUCCAAGUCCUCUCGGCCCCUCGAACAAUACUUGCCACAGAAACCCAUACCUCUACAAUACUGGUGGCAGUCUUUCUGGAGAAGAAGGUAGCCUUGGCUAAAGCUCUACGAAUUUCUUUUCGUAGGCGUUCCGGCUCCGAAUCAUUGUUGUUCGGAACGCUGGGCUCGGCUGGCCCGCAUGGAGCCGGAGAACCAUCGGUACCAAACCAAUCCGUUGGCCCGGUCGAUCCAUGUAGAAUUUUCGGAGCGGAGGGUUUUCGACUUGUUGUGGGGCAGGUAGUUUUUGCUUUGCUGACUUUGAUUUCGAAUCAAUUGACACAAGUUCUGUAUAAGGUGAAGGAGUGA